AGCCCUAAGCCCCGCCCCCUCGAGCAUCAGGCCAAUGGGAGCGUCGGCCUAGGUGGGCGGUCUACGCGUCACUUCCGCCCCCGAGCGGCCGGAGUCCCGUACGGCAACGUGGCCGCGCUCAGGUGCUGCAGGCGGAAACUCGGCGUCUUCCGGUCCGUAGUAGGGCCUGUGGUGGGGGUUGGGGGGAAAGGAAGGCGGAGGGAACUAUGCGAGGUUUUGUGAGCCGCCGUGCACGGAGCCUCGGGAGACCGUUUCUGAGGGGGAUUUGAUUCCCCCAUGGCCACCGCUGACAACAUUAUUGUGCUUGAUGACGACGACGAGGAUGAAGGAGCUGCUCAGCCAGGGCCCUCCCACCCCUCCCACCCAGCCUCCGUCUCACCAGGGCCAGAAGCCACUGGUCCCUCCGAGCCGCGUGGAGAUGGGGAGAGCAGUAACUCCAGUAGCAGGAAAUGCUACAAGUUGGAGAACGAGAAGCUAUUUGAAGAGUUCCUUGAACUGUGUAAGACGCAGACGUCAGACCACCCUGAGGUGGUUCCGUUCCUCUGCAAACUGCAGCAGCGCGCCCAGCCUCCGUUUCUUGCCUCUGCAGAGCUCUGCAACAUCCUCUCCAGGGUUCUGUCUCGGUCCCGGAAGCGGCCAGCUAAGCUCUAUGUCUACAUUAACGAGCUCUGCACCGUUCUUAAGGCCCAUUCAGUCAAGAAGAAGCUGUAUUUGGCUCCCGCAGCCUCCACGCCCAGUGACCCCUCUGGGAACAAUGCGCCUGCAGAUCCCCCCUCUGACCUCACAAAUGCUGAAACCGCAGCCUCCGAGGCCUCAAGGACUCGAGGUUCCCGGAGGCAGAUCCAGCACUUGGAGCAGCUGCUGGCGCUCUAUGUAGCGGAGAUCCGGCGGCUGCAGGAGAAGGAGCUGGAUCUGUCAGAACUGGACGACCCGGACUCCUCGUACCUGCAGGAGGCCCGCCUGAAGCGGAAGCUGAUCCGCCUCUUUGGGCGGCUGUGUGAGUUGAAGGACUGCUCUUCUCUGACUGGGCGGGUCAUAGAGCAGCGCAUCCCCUACCGAGGCACCCGCUACCCCGAGGUCAACAGGCGCAUCGAGCGGCUCAUCAACAAGCCGGGGCCUGACACCUUUCCCGACUACGGAGACGUGCUGAGGGCCGUGGAGAAGGCAGCGACUCGCCACAAUCUGGGCCUUCCCCGGCAGCAGUUACAGCUCAUGGCUCAGGACGCCUUCCGGGAUGUGGGUGUCCGGCUGCAGGAGCGUCGCCACCUUGAUCUCAUCUACAAUUUUGGCUGCCAUCUCACGGAUGACUAUAGGCCAGGCAUUGACCCUGCACUGUCAGACCCCGCACUGGCUCGACGCCUUCGGGAAAAUCGGAGCUUGGCCAUGAACCGGCUAGAUGAGGUCAUCUCCAAAUACGCGAUGAUGCAAGACAAAAGCGAGGAGGGCGAGAGGCAGAGGAGAAGAGCCCGGCUCCUAGGCAACUCUUCUUCGCAUUCUCCAGCUCCCGCCAAAGUCUCCUCGGAUUCUGGUGAGGGUCCUAGUGGUGUGGCGUCGCAGGAGUGCCCUACUACCUCCAAAGCCGAGAGUGAUGAUGGUGAUGAUGAAGAAGAAGAAGAAGAAGAUGAGGAAAGUGAGGAGGAGGAGGAGGAGGAGGAGGCCACUGAAGAUGACGAUGAGGAUCUGGAACAGUUGCAGGCAGAGCAAGGGGCUGAUGAUGACGAGGAGGGAGGAGCAGAUAUUGGAGUAGACAGGAGCCCCACAUCCUCACCACACAUGUCCACUAGAAGGAACUCAGAACCCCUAGAAGGGCUCGGGUCUCCAGGGGAACACGAAAACAGAGGACUGACGGGGACACCAGCGUCCCUGCUGGGGGCAUCCCCAGAGCCUCCCAGCACAGACGCUGAAGGCAGCGGGGAGCAGCUCCAGGGGCCACUGCUGGAGGACCAGAGUCCCGAAUCCCAGGCUUUUGAGCUCGAGAUAGAAGCCUUGCCUGAAGAUAUCUCCUCUUCCCCUGAGGAAAGGGACAUCUCCUCUUCCAGGAAGCAGGCAGAGGAUUCUCCCCACACCAUUUUGGAAAAUGGGGCAGCUGUGGUUACCUCCACAUCCUUCAAUGGGCGUGUCUCUUCUGACACUUGGCCAGAUCCCUGUCCCCCCUGCAAGAGACUUCGGAAGGAGAAGCAGCCGCUGGGGUCUGGACUGUUAGUGAGCAGCUACACAGAUCAGCACAUGGCACAGCAGGAGAGUGGGAGGAAGGUGAGAGCUGUACCUUCUCCGUCCUCCCCCUUGGCCUCCGUGGCUCCUGUUGCUGAUUCCUCCACAAGGGUGGACUCUCCCAGUCAUGGCCUGGUGACCAGCUCCUUCUGCAGCCCUUCUCCAUCCUUGAUGUCCCCAAUCCCUCAACCUCAGUGUCCCCGGCCUUGUAUUUAUAAGACGAGUGUCGCCACACAGUGCGAUCCCGAAGAGAUCAUCGUCCUCUCAGACUCGGAUUAG